UGCCUGAUCUCACCUGUCAGGGGCAAACUCCACAGGCUGCAAAAAAAAAACUGCUCCAAUACUAAAAUCCCGACUGUGAAACCAAACAGAGAACAGUGAGAUGGAGUCUCCGGUGAAGGAUUCUUCCGUCAGAGCAGGUUUUCACAGACUGGAGAUCCAGGAAACGACGUGGGAUGUCCCGGAGAGGUACGAGACGCUGCGCUCCGUGGGCUCCGGAGCUUACGGGACAGUCUGCUCUGCCACGGACCAGAAGACCAAGGAGAAGGUGGCCAUCAAGAAGCUGCAUCGGCCUUUCCAGUCCCUCAUCCAUGCUAAACGGGCCUAUAGGGAACUCAGGCUGCUCCGCCACAUCCAGCAUGAAAACGUGAUCUGUCUCCUUGACGUCUUCACACCGGAUUCCACACUGGAAAGAUUCACAACCUUUUACCUAGUAAUGCCAUUAGUAGCCCAAGACCUGAGCCACAUUAUGAAGAGGAGAAGAUUAACUGUUCGCAUCAUCACAUACCUGUUCUACCAGCUUCUAAGAGGACUCAAGUAUAUUCACUCUGCAGGCAUCAUUCAUCGGGAUCUGAAGCCUGGUAACCUCGCUGUGAAUGAGAACUGUGAAUUAAAGAUCCUGGAUUUUGGGUUGGCGAGACAGACAGAGAGUGAGAUGACUGGUUAUGUGGUAACACGCUGGUACAGAGCACCAGAGAUCAUAUUCAACUGGAUGCACUACAGUCAGACAGUGGAUGUCUGGUCAGCCGCCUGUAUCCUGGCAGAGAUGAUUACUGGCCAGGUACUUUUCCCAGGACACGACAGUAUCGAUCAGUUGAAAAAGAUCCUUCGCCUGACAGGAACACCAGACUCCUCCCUGGUUCAGAAGAUGCAGAGUAAAGACGCGCAGUCGUAUGUUCAAGGUCUCCCUCCACAAAAGAAGAAAAACUUCAAGGAUGUGUUUCCGUCCAUGGAGGAAAAUGCUGUCGACCUGCUGGAGGGGAUGCUGCUGCUGGAUCCAGAGACGAGGCUGACAGCGAAGCAGGGUCUCCCCCACCCCUUCCUGGCUGAAUACCAUGACCCAGAGAGUGAGACGGACUCUGAGCCUUAUGACGACUCCUUCGAGAGCCUGGAGCUGGCUGUUGGCGAAUGGAAGAGUCUUAUCCACAUGGAGAUCAUGACCUUCGACCCUGACAACCCCAGUCAAACCGCUAUGUAGGAUGCUGUGAUGUUUGGUUUAAUAUCCACAUGUGAGGUAAAGGUCAACGAUUCAGGGAAACAAAUACAAAAAAAGAACAUUAAAUAUAUCCUGUCCUGUUUUGUGCAUCUGACAUGUAUGUGCAGUUGAUAAAGUUGAUGGUAGCAAUAAGAGCUUGAUGAAUUAAUGAAUUUGUUUUACCAAAAGCAUAUAAACUUUAAUAUAAAAUUAUUUUUAUCAAUGGUUUGCAUUAAUUUCACUUCACCCUCAUCAUGUUCAUUUUGAUGUCUGUAAAGAUUGUCAGUCGUCCAGGUCACCUGUUUGUAAGUGCUGUAUGUGUCAGGACAUUGUUGUUGAAUGUACAGCAGAAAGGAAUGAUACUGUACAUACAAAGCAAUACAAAUAAAAUAAAAUAUUAAUGGUCAAAUAAAGUAAAAUACAUAGAUUCAUAAUAUACAUUUAAAAGGGGAAAAGUCUCAACUUUUUAAACCCCCUGUUGUAAAAUGAAAAACAAAUUCUCAUAAAAACAAAUCUGUAAGUGUUCUUUUUGCAAUUAGAGUGUUUUUUCAACUAGUUGUGAAAGAAAAUGAUAUAGACUUUUUGUGCAGCAGACACCUGGACUGAGUUUAUUCCAUCAGACUUGUGUGAGAUGGUCGAGUAAAAAUGCAGAUGCCUCCUGUGUGGAUUUACUGUCCGAGUCCCUGAAUGAAAGAAAUAGCUUUUACUUCUCAGGAAGAGUCGGUUUCUUCAAAUCCCACUAGAUCAAAUUGUAUAUGAUGUGUUACCCAGAUUUUUGUAAAGAUUUCAUUGAGGAGUCUUUGAUAUGAGAAAGGUGCAUUUUGCAAACAUGUUUUCAACAUUAAAAGUGGAGCAGCAGCUCACAGACUGAAAUUGAUUCAUGAUUGAACCCACGGUUAAAAUUGAAGCUUUUACAUCAGUGUGAUAGGAUCCAUGUACAAUGACCUGUACUGCUGGCAGCCGCCAGGAGGCAAUCUAGUUUUACUGAAGACACUUACUUGUCAAGUCAUCCCUCUUCAAAGGUGCAGACUGAUGACGAUUGAAAUGCAAGUUUUACAUCUUUCAAGCUGAGAAACAUAUCUUGCUUUAAAAGGUUCUAACAUCUCAAUGAGAACAUGAAUGAUUCCUCUUUGCCAAAUGUGCCCACAUUAUUGUAUAUAUUUGAUCCACAGUGAAUGUUUUAUGUUUGUGUGAUUUCAGAGAUGAUAAUAAUCUUACAAAUGUGUAUUUAUAGAGGGUACAAAAUACAAUAAAACAAUAAAAAGAAUAGACGGAAGACAUGUACCAUGUGUGCAGUGUAUAGAUCCCAAGCAGGCAGCAAUAUAAUUUUGAUAUUGAAAUAAAUAUAUUGUGAUUCAUUACAAUAUCCCUAUGACAAAUGCCUGGUUAGUCUUAAUAAGCUUUAUAAAAAAAAAUUAUUUACGUUAUUCUUAGCAUAUGAUCAUAAUACUUAAGACCUAUAGGAUGCAGUGAUACUUCGGAAAAUGCAUUUUUAAUGAUACAUGUUUUUUUCUAACUUCAUUGUGACACACACACACAAACACACAGGGGUAAAGUUGCCAGAUGUGAGAUUAUUAUCAUCUCUGUACAAUGUAGGAUCAGUAAUAAUAUUGGGAGUUAUAAUUAUUGAUCUACAUCUGUGUAUUCCAAGGCUUGUUGUGAUGCUAUACGUGAAAAUAUCAUGAGAGCUAGAUGAGAACUAGAUGAGAGCUAUCUGUAAUGCUGGGGUCAGACCACAUUCUCUUCGUCUAUUGUGUCAGUUUAUGUGACUAUAGAGUCAUAAAUUCUUGCCGUCAUGGCCAAGACACAUGACAGCAAGAAGAACCAUAUGUUGUUUUUGACCAAUCGCCGUUGGCCAACUUUUCUGUCGUGUACGUGACGUCAUAAGGAAAGGAAGCACUCACGAUAGUCUUCCAGGUCAACUAACACUGCAUCCGAAAUCUGUGAGUAUGAUGCAGGAUUUCUCGUGUUUGGAAAAGCUUAAAAACCUAAUUGAUCCGUUUCACCUUGAAACACCGACAACAUAAUUCCUCUUUCGCAUUGCCGUGUCUUAAUUUGAACAUGGCUUCCUCUCUUCUGGUCAAAACCAAAGAGGAGACAGACCCGUAAUUGAAGAUUAAAGAAAGAUCAAACUCUCUUUCGAUUAUGUGAGGCAUUUGGGCUAAACUCGGGCUUAUAUCAUGUAAUCUGACCCCAGCGUUAGCAGCUCUGUCUUGUUUGCAUCUACACUCUUCUUCUUCACACUUAAUGCUAUUUGAAAAUCAUUAUACUAUUUUCACUGUUUAUACUUAUACAAAUAAACCACAGCAAAUUUCUUAUAUGUAUAAACCUACUCGGCAAUAAAACCUGAUUCUGAUUAAAGCAUAAUGUGCUGUUCAAGUAGACAUUCCAUACAGCUAAAUUAGAAUAAUGUGAAUUUCUUUUGUAAAUUCUAAUUUAUAACAGAAGACUAUAACUGUACUCUUACCAAUACUACUCAAGAGUAAUAUUACACAUGGAUCAUCAAGCUGGUAAGGGUAAUUCAACCAUGUUGUUGCAAAUACAGAGUUCUAGUUAGAAAGAACUAACAGUAUCCAAUAAGAACAAAGAGAAUCUGCCAAAUAUGAACAAAGAUUUAUUCCAGAUGUUUUGGUGGUACAAAUUCACAAUAAAUCGGAUUGUUCCAGUCAGCCUUAGCCAUGUUUUUUUAUUCAGGGUGAAAAGUAGAAGUUAAGUCAUAAACACCGUUAAAAUGCUGAAGCGGAGAACUCAUUUUCUCUCUGACAGGAGAUGAAAAAGAGGAUCCCGAAAAAGUGUUAUAUGUGGCUGCUUUUGAUGAUGUCGAAAUGCACAAGAUUACGUAUGUGUGACAGCAGAUGAGACAUUUGAAGAAGGAAAGUUACAGGUGUGACACUACAUGUGCUCGCCUGCAAUGAAAGCCUCAUGAAUUAAAGACAUAGCACCACACCCACUUCUCCUUCUGUGCAAAUCGUAGAACUGCUGUUGUCUUUUUGUGUGCAAUGAUUGUUGCCUUGUAAGGAUUCUCUGCCAUGAUACUACAAGUAUCCUCCUGUCUACAUAACAGCAUAUCCAGCAACCAAAAGACAGCGUGGCUGACUGA